AUGCAAAUUUUAUCAAUCACAACCUUACUUGCCAUUGCCUCAGUUGUUGUUGCUGACAAAACUUUCCCCUUAACAGCACAAGGCGGUUCGAUUAAUGAAUCUGUCAAAUUAGGCGAUGAUGGCAAAUUUUAUUUAGGUAAAGGUUCGGAUGUAACUUUUACUUUAGAAGAACCAUCUGGUUACUUAACUGCUGAUGGUAAAUACGUUGGCUUAGAAGGAGGCUUGCAACAAGUCGACAAAGAUCAAGCUAGUAAAGAUUUUGGCGUUGAAGAAAAUAAAUUGAGAAAUGGUCCAUCUAUUGACAAUUUCGAUUUUUAUGCUUGUCCACAGAGCGACGAUGACUACAGUCUUCAAAGUUACACUUGUAAUGGAGGUACUAAAGUGUCAUUGAUCACCGGUGAUUCAUUUUUCCCUUCAUCCUCUGCUCCUGCAGACUCUUCAGCCGCCCCAAGUUCUGUUGCUCCAAGCUCAGCACCUGUUUCUAGUGUUCCUGCAACAUCUUCAGAAAGCUCAGUUUCUUCUAGCAGCGCUGCAGUUACAUCUGCCAUUCCAUCGAAUUCUCAAGAGUCUGGUGCAGUUACUGAAACUACUUUAAGUACAGCUGUUACCAGCGUUGAUUGCGAUUCAUGCUCUCAUCAAAACUCCACUUCAAUCCCGGAAGCGUCAACAAGUGAGAAUGGUGCUAAACAAUUGUCUUACGGUGCUGGUGCUUUAAUUUUUGCAGGUGUCGCUUUGUUAUGA